GCAGGUCCAGGUAGCAGAGCCACCUUCUGCUUCCUGCUGAGCUCUAUUCUCUCCAGCACAUUCCAGCCUCUAGUGCCCUAUCGUCUUGCUCCUCCAGGAACAAGCCAUCAUGUCUCGCCAGUCAAGUGUGUCCUUCCGGAGUGGGGGCAGCCGCAGCUUCAGCGCCGCCUCUGCCAUCACCCCGUCUGUCUCUCGCACCAGUUUCACCUCUGUGUCCCGAUCCGGGGGUGGUGGUGGUGGUGGCUUUGGCAGGGUCAGCAUUCGGGGUGCUGGUGGAGCAGGAGGCUAUGGCAGCCGGAGCCUCUACAACCUGGGGGGCUCCAAGAGGAUCUCCAUGAGCAGUAGUGGCGGUGGCUUUAGAAACCGAUUUGGUGCCGGUGUUGGAGGUGGCUAUGGCUUUGGAGGUGGAGCUGGGAGCGGAUUUGGUUUAGGCGGUGGAUCUGGUGGUGGCUUUGGGCUCGGUGGAGGCGGUGGCUAUGGGUUCAUGGGAGGCGCUGGCCUUGGAGGUGGCUAUGGGGGUGCUGGCUUCCCCGUCUGUCCCCCUGGAGGCAUCCAAGAGGUCACUAUCAACCAGAGUCUCCUGACUCCCCUUAACCUACAAAUCGACCCCACCAUCCAGCGAGUGCGGACUGAGGAGCGGGAGCAGAUCAAGACCCUCAACAACAAGUUUGCCUCCUUCAUCGACAAGGUGCGCUUCCUGGAGCAGCAGAACAAGGUCCUGGACACCAAGUGGACCCUGCUGCAGGAGCAGGGCACUAAGACCGUGAGGCAGAACCUGGAGCCUUUGUUUGAGCAGUACAUCAACAACCUCAGGAGACAGCUGGAUGGUGUCCUGGGGGAGAGGGGCCGCCUGGACUCAGAGCUGAGGAACAUGCAGGACCUGGUGGAGGACUUCAAGAACAAGUAUGAAGAUGAAAUCAACAAGCGCACCACUGCUGAGAAUGAGUUUGUGAUGCUGAAAAAGGAUGUGGACGCCGCCUACAUGAGCAAGGUGGAGCUGGAGGCCAAGGUCGAUGCACUGAUGGAUGAGAUCAACUUCUUGAAGAUGUUCUUUGAGGCGGAGCUGUCCCAGAUGCACACGCACAUCUCAGACACAUCUGUGGUGCUGUCCAUGGACAACAACCGCUCCCUGGACCUGGACAGCAUCAUUGCCGAGGUCAAGGCCCAAUAUGAGGACAUUGCUAACCGAAGCCGGACAGAAGCUGAGUCCUGGUACCAGACCAAGUACGAGGAGCUGCAGCAGACAGCUGGUCGGCACGGCGAUGAUCUCCGCAGCACCAAGCAUGAGAUCUCCGAGAUGAACCGCAUGAUCCAGAGGCUGAGAGCGGAGAUUGAUAACGUCAAGAAGCAGUGUGCCAACCUGCAGAAUGCCAUCGCUGAAGCUGAGCAGCGUGGGGAGAUGGCCCUCAAGGACGCCAGGAACAAGCUGGCUGAACUGGAGGACGCCCUGCAGAAAGCCAAGCAGGACAUGGCCCGGCUGCUGCGUGACUACCAGGAGCUUAUGAACACCAAGCUGGCCCUGGAUGUGGAGAUUGCCACCUACAGGAAGCUGCUGGAGGGCGAGGAGUGCAGACUGAGUGGAGAAGGAGUUGGACCAGUCAACAUCUCUGUCGUCACCAGCAAUGUCUCCUCUGGCUACGGAGGUGGCUAUGGUGGUGGCUAUGGAGGUGGCAGUGGCCUGGGCGGCGGCCUGGGUGGAGGUCUUGGCGGCGGCCUCGGUGGAGGUCUUGGUGGCGGCUUCGGUGGAGGUCUUGGUGGUAGCGGUGGAGGUUUUGGAGGAGGUCUUGGUAGUGGCCUCGGCAGUGGGCUCAGUAUGGGGAGCUCUGGCUUCAGUUCGAGCAGUGGCCGAAACCUGGGGGUGGGCCUUGGCAGCAGCAGCAUUGGUGGAGGAGGCAGCAGCUCCAGCGUUAAAUUUGUCUCCACCACCUCCUCCUCCCGGAAGAGCUUCAAGAGUUAAGAGCCUGCUUACUGCAAGUCACUGCCACCCCAGGGCAGCAACCGGCCCCUGGCGACUGCCUCUUCUAGGUGGUUACCAAGCCAAGAUUUCUCUUUUGCUGACGUGUAGUUCAGAACAAGCCUAUGGCAGAACCACAGUCUUUGGCUCCCUAAAUGGCCCAAUCCCUAGUCUCUAAUCGCCUAGAUCCUGUGUUCUUCAAAUCAGCCUUUCAUGGUCCUUGAUGAGAGAAAAAUCCAACGUUUUCCAGUAUCUAAAUCAUCAAAACAGAGACCCCACCCAAAUCCAAAAUUUUGUUCUGGUUCUGACUGCCUUCAGAGUGUGUUCAAUAAAAUGCUUUUAUAAUAUAAA